ACGCAACAACCAAGACUGAGCAUACAACUAUGAGCAUGAGAAUGAGAAUGAAAAUGAUUGUCUGACUAGGGAAAUGAGAAAUGCGACGAUUAAUAGACCGAAAGAUAGCGACAGAGAGUAAGUGAGAGAGAGAGUAAACGAACAAAUGCUUUAGUGUGUAGACGGAUAUUCGUAUGCGAAUCUGAUUGUAAAUGCCCUUGCUGCUCUUGCACUUCAGUCUUAAUUGAAUCUCAACCCGAGCAGUGGGAGAGCGCACCACAAUACAAUCCACACACACAAUCCAUUUUUUAAAGCAGUUCGUCCAUGUCAUGGAUUUUGAUAAAAUACUGGUCAAGUGCGGCGAUGCGGGACGCUAUCAGUGUCUAAUGCUGCUGCUGCUCGGCUAUAUUGCGUUCACCAGCACCGUGCAUUAUUAUUCCCAGAAUAUCAUUGGAUUUGUGCCCAAACAUUGGUGCUAUCAUGAGCAGUUGGCCAAUCGCAGUCACGAGGAAAUUGCCGCCAUCUAUGCUCGCUUUGGCAAGGCAGCUUCCUGCACACGGCUCGAGAAGAUCGAGUUCCUGGACGAAGGCUACAAUCUGACGUUGAGCAGUGAGCGCUGCGAUCGUUGGAUCUACAAAUAUGAUUACGGAUUUCGCAGCAUGAAUGUGGAGCUCAAUUGGGUCUGCGAAGAUGCUUACAAAGCGCGCAUUGGGCAAUCGCUUUUCUUUCUGGGCUCUCUGGUGGGAACCUUUUCUUUUGGCAUGCUGGGCGAUAAAGUUGGCCGAGUGCGCGCUGUUAUUCUGGCUAAUCAGUGCGGCUUUGUGGGUGACUUUCUGACUACUUACGCCACCAAUUUGGCCCAGUUCAGUGCCUUUCGCUGCAUCUCUGGCUUGGCUGCAACUGCCAACUACUAUCUCAUGUUUAUUCUGGUGCUCGAGUAUCUGGCACCAAAGCUGCGGAAUUUGGCUAUCAGUGGAACACUGGGAUUUUGCUUUUGUCUCGGCGGUUUGCUGGCCCCUUGGCUAUCGGUUUUAGCCGGCAACUGGCGCAUUUAUCUGACAUUUUCGGCAUUGCUGCAACUGGUCGUCGCACUCUUCUAUUUUGUGGUGCAGGAGAGCGCCCAGUGGCUGAUAACGCGCAACAAUGUGGAGGGUGCCAUUGCCCGAUUGAAGCACAUUGCACACUUCAACGGGCGUCAAGUGCCCGCCGCUGACUUUGAGGCCUUUCGUCAAAAUUGCAUCGCCAAGCAAAAGCUGGAGAAUCAUCAGCAGAAGGCCAGGCUCUUUGAUCUGCUGCGCACUCCGCAUCUACGCAAAACAUCGCUCGUCGUCAUAUUUACUUUCAUGCUGACUGCUCUGGGCUUCAACACCAUCUCCCGCAACGUGGAGGGUUUGGGACUGUCGCCGUUUGUGGUAUUCUCGCUAUUCGCGGUGGUUGUGCCACCAUCUGGCAUUCUGCAGGGUCUGCUGCAGAGUCGACUGGGACGCAAGGCCACCAACUUUCUGGCAUUGCUAUGCACCAGCCUCUUGUCCUGUGCUCUGGGCGUGGCCCUGUCCAAUGAAGGUGCCCAGCACAAUGCCACAUUACUGCUGGCCUUUGCAUUGCCGACACGCCUCGGCAUCUCGAUGUGCUACACGCUCACCUCACAGUACACGUCGGAGUUGCUGCCCACCUGUGUGCGCUCACGUGGCAUGGCCACCGCUCACUUGGCAGCUGCAGCGGCGUCCUUUACCUCGCCCUAUCUCAUCCACUUGGGCAGCAUUAUGGCGGCGGGUCCGCCAUUGAUACUGACAGUUGUGCUGUUGACUGCUGCUGGCUGCACAUUGCUGCUACCGGAAACGAACAAUAGGCAGCUGCCCAUUACUCUGGAGGAUGGCGAGAGCUUUGGCAAGGGCGAAUCCUUGUUCGCAUUCGAUUGUUGGCAGCGACGACGCGGCAACGACGACGAUGUGCUCAAACAGCCUACGGAGGAGCUUAAGUUAAAUGCCCUCAAUGGCGUACGUGGAAAUGCCGAAGCAGCGGAAACGGAAGCGGAAGUGUAGACGGAAGCCCCAAAUCGCUCAAUGUCCUGUGUUAAAAAAUGUAAGAAGAGCAUUAGAGGCCGACACAACAAACCCACACACCAGAAAGAAAAUUGAGAACAACAGUUUUAAUUCCGAAAGUUGUCAGUAGAUGCGAAAUUUGCUUUUAUUUGAUUGAUUUUGGGUCACAGUAUUCAACGUAACUAUAAUUAAGGUGUGUGUGUGUGUGAGUGUAUGUGUGUGUUAUUCCGUUUUACCACAUUUUCCAUAUGUAUAUGUAAGUAAUGCAUGUGUAAACUCUUUUGUUAUCCUGUAGUAAUUGCUUACAUAGUACGUGUAUGUAUUUUGUAUAUAAGUAAAGUGUACAUAGAUAUGUACGAGAGUAUGUAACUUGAUUUGUUGCUUAUUUGCUUCAUUACAAUAUGUAUAUAUAUAGAGAAAGUCUUAUAUAGUACAAAAUAGAGGUUGCUUUUUGCCCUGUUUGAAACUCUCAAUGGAAAAAACAUUUGUAUAUGGUAGCUUAAGGACCAGAGCUUGAACUUACAAUAAAUCUAGUAUGUGAUUAGAGAUUCGUGUGUGUUUGUGUUAAACCAUUAUCCAUUCUAUCAAAAACCCAACUACUAUAUCUUAUUGUAGAACCCUCUAGAAGUGUUGUGGUUGUGUGUGUGUGUUUUGAGUAUCAACUCAGGUCAACAUUACAUUUAAAAGUUUUUGUAUUCAUCACAUCAGUUUUAGGAGAGGAACAGAAGGAUGUUCAAAUUCCACAUACAACUAUCCGUGUAUGUAUUUCAAUUAUAAUUUCAUAAAUAUGUAUGUAUGUAUAUUAAUUUAAUUGUUUAGAUUGAACAGAAAGAACUCUAAUUUAACCAUGUGGCAACCAUUGUUUUGUUUGUUUUGUAAUCUUUCACAAAAAUUCUUUGUAUAUUAACGCAACACAUUUUCGGGCAAUCUAAGGGCCCUUCAAAUAACUCUUUAUAAUUUAAAGUUUUUUUUUAUUUUUUUUUUUGUAUUUUCUAAUUUAUGUUUUUAUCAAUCUUAAAUGCUACCUUUGAGCACUUUUUGCAAUUGCUGUCAAAUACAAUAAGUACAUAAAUAUUUGAUGAUUUCUAGAAGAUUCAUUCUUCUAUAUAGCUUUUCUUUUGUUUUGUUGUCUAAGCAAACUUUCCAUUUCUCCGAUAGAUCCAUAUAACAGUUUGGGUUCAUCUUAAUGCUAGGAUUUCUCAUUCUACUUAUGCAUUUAUUGUAUAUCUGUGUAUAUAACUGACAUUAUGGUAUAUACUAUAUAUACUCUAUAUAUAUAUGUACGUAGGAUUGUAUUAUCUGUAUGUAUGUAAAUACCAUGUGAUUAACACUAGUUCACAAUAGUUCAGUUUUUGAAUUCAAAAAAUGCGUAAACAGUAAACGGUAAACAGUAAAAAGGUAAAAAGAUUUUUCUCAUGAUUUUGUUUUUCUCGGUACUCCAGAGUUUUAUAGCACGAGGAGUUUUAUAGCACCAUGUGAGUGAGUUUUUUUUUUAGUUUUUGGUUUUGUCAUCGAUUGAGUGAGUACACACAUUACAGGGUAUCUAUAUCAAUUGUUAAAACACAAUUCACAAUUCUGUCAAAAAGGGGACUAGAGGUUAAUAAAGUAGUAGAGUUCGAUAUCAAUAUAGUUGUUUGUUUUUAGCUAGCUUUAGUUGUAAGUUUUAGAUUUAGCCAAGGUUUAAAAAGUAAAAAAAUAGAUAUGUAUGUAUAUACAUUACAUCAUAGUAUGUAUGUGCUACAUUGAACAUUAAAGAUGGAAAAUAAACUACUUAAGUACACAUAGUUUACUAUCAUAAUUUUCUUUUUUAUUCUUAGUUUUUUAUUCUGUUUUGUUUCAACAAUUUAUCAAUUUGUCUGCAUAUAAUUUGUAAUUAUAUUUGAUCAUUAUCUUCAACUUUUAGUGUAAGUGUGUGAGUGUAAUUAAGUAUUAUUCCUUCAAUAAUGUUUGCUACUAAAUACCAUUUAUUUUAUUCAAAUUUUUUGUUGCAAUAUUUGCUGCUUAUUGUUUGAUAGAAUCGUAAUGCCCACAUAAUCAUAUCUUAUCUCGUAAUCAUAAUCAUAAUCUCAUAUCUGCAACCAGUUCAAUCCCUGUGGGCACUUACAUCGUCUUCAUCCUAAACACUUCAUCGUCAUCUAGUGUGUGUGUGUGUGUUUGCUGUGGUGUAGUUUGUGUGUGUUUCGAAAACAUUGAGUAUAAAAGACAAGCGGUAUUUAGGCAACGAGUGAUUCAGCAAUUUUCAUUUUAUCAAAAAACAU